CGGGUCUUAAUUACUAUAAGAAGGGAAGAGCAAGAGAGCAGAUAGCUCUGAAGGUAGCAAAAAUGGCGUCCACCACACUUGGUUUCUUCUCAUCCUCCUCGUCAUGGGCACCAACAGUUGCUAUGCAGAAGCAAAGCCCAACGACUCUCCUUCUUUCCAAAACCAGCCUCAAUUUCUUCCCUUCUACUUCUUCUCUUGCUUCCAACAGACUCACCUUUUUUCCCUGUUCGCCUUCUCCAAUCGUCUACCGUAAGUCCACAUUGUCUUCCAUUCCCAAAUUCUCUGAAACUGAUGCACCCGUCGUCGAAUCUGAACCAGAUUCUGAGCCGACUCAACUUGUCGAGAACACGAAAGAUGUCUCAAAACGUGAAGAGGUUUUUGCUGUUGUCAUGGUUGGAGGUCGUCAAUAUAUUGUUUUCCCGGGACGGUACAUCUAUACACAAAGGCUUAAAGGUGCUAAUGUGAAUGAUAAGAUUAUUCUGAACAAAGUGUUACUGGUAGGAACCAAAACGAGCACCUACAUUGGAAAACCAGUUGUACUGAAUGCUGCUGUCCAUGCUGUAGUUGAAGAACAGACGCUGGAUCGUAAAGUUAUUGUGUUCAAGUACAAGAAAAGAAAGAACUAUCGGAGGAAUAUUGGUCACAGACAGCCAAUUACACGGAUAAGGAUAACGGGGAUCACUGGUUAUCAAGAUUCACCAGCUGUUACACUGGACUCAUAGGUGGCUUAUGGCGGUUUAUGAUUUUCUAGAUUAUUGUAAAUGGAGUUCCAUUGCAAAAUGUAGAAAUUUGUAUUUAGUUUGCGUUGGCAGCUGGACAAUUUAUUUUGACAUGGCUUGUUUUGGCAAGUUAGUAAAGCCAUUGGGGAGUUGUUUUUCAUA